UUUGUCAUUUUGAAGAAAAGCUUCCUUCCCUGCAGACGGCGAUCAAUCUGGAACUCGGUAUUAUUUUCCCCUAAAUCAGGUGUGAAAUUACCAAUAAAUUGUCAGAUAUAUCAAUAAACGUAGACAGUGAACUUGGCUUGAGGAAAGUAUUACUCCAAAACAAAACGGGAAGGCAGCAUAAAUCGAUAAAAAUGAAUCUUGAGCGUCUGCUUUACGUGGAAAACAUACCCAACGAUAGUGUCAAUCCGUUUACGGAAUAUCUGAAACAGUCGGUACCAACCUUAUCGGUACAUUUUCUGACCGAAAAACGCUGUACCAGCCGGUCGGUGGCUGCCUUCGUCCGGGUCGCUAACGAUGAAGAUGUGGGGAAGAUUUUGAACUACAAUCAGGACCUUUUCAUGGGUAAACGAUUGUUCGUGCAGCCCGCUGCUGGACCUCCGGUUUUCAAGGCGGACCAUACCGUUAUCGUGCGGAACAUCACCAACAAGAUUAACGAAGAAGCUUUGUUCGAUCACUUCAAAGAAUGCGGAAAUAUUUUCUUCCUGCAAAUAAGGACGGAUGAUUUCGCAUACAUUGCUUUCCACGAGCCUACGGCGGCGAAACUGGCCAUGGGCAAAAAUAAUCUUCCUCUGAAAGGUUCGAGUCUAAAGGUUCAAAUUUUAACGCGCACUCUGGACAUUAUGAUUGUGAAUCCAAGCACAUUGGGCCAAAAAUUUCCACAAUUGUUCAAGGAGAUGUGUGCUCCUUUAAUAGCGGCACAAAUUCAACAACAGCAACAAAAUCAGUCAAUUCAACAAACGAAGGUUCCAAACCAACAACAACAAAACAAACCGCAGCAACAACAAAUUAAACCACAACAACAAGUUCAACAGCAUAAACCCCAACAACAACAACAAGUGCAACAGCAAAAACAAAACAACUAUCCACAACAGCAGCAGGCACAAGGCAACUCACAACAUAAAUGGUCGCUACAACAGCAGAACUUGUCGCAACAACCACAGAUUCAAAAUCAACCAAAUAACCCAGGGAAUUAUCAGAUCCAAAGUCAACCUAAAUCUCAACGACCUCAACCGCAGAAACCAGUUUCCAUCACUCAGUUAUUGAAAGAGAAAGCUACUGUAUUGCAGAAGCAAACAACUGAUCAUGCCUCUACAGCUCCCGAAACGAUAGAAGUGUCGAAACCGGCUGAAGAGCCGCAACAAAAGCCUGUGAACCCGAUUGUAGUCGACGAAAUAAUGAUUAUAGAUUCGGACUCUGACGAGGAAGUACAAUCGGCGCCGGCUGCCAAAGUUCCAUCGCCAACAGUCGACUUGGAAGAUGAUUCGACAGACGCACCCUUAUCGAGUAUUCCGGAUGUCGUACCUCCUCCACCUAUUCCAUCUAAGUAUGAACCAGGUCCAGACGACAUUGUGCGACCGGUGAAGGCAUCCGAAAUUAAAAUGAUGAAAAGUGACCCGAAAGGACUGUUUCCCACACAAUCCGUUUGGGUCAACAAUAUUCCUCCGGAAACGACCACACUUGAACUUGUCACGUAUCUGGAACAGUUCGGUGAAGUAACACACUGUCGGGUGGCCGGCUCUAAGAACUGCUUCUUCACCAAAUGGGCCAAAGUGGUGUUCCAGUAUGAAGCGAGCGCUGAUCGAGCAUCUGAAUAUUUCUUGCAUCCCUUCAAUGGGCGCUAUUUGUUCGUUUUACCAUUUAGUCGAUAUGUCUCGGAAGAUCCAGAACGCUGUCUUGUAAUUGACUAUCUUUCCAAGUAUCUUACAUUUGAAGAUGUUGCCAAGGCUUUCAAGCAUAUCGGUACCUGUUUCUAUAUUUCGCGGGUGCCCUCAAACGAGAGUAAAGUGCGGCUUUUUUUCGUCGGCGACAUCGACCGUACAGCAGGCCUAGAAGUCUCAUCUAUCGAAGGAAUUCCGAUCAAAGUGGAAAACUACGUACCAGAUAUGAACAUGAUGCUUACACGUGAAGAAGUAAAAAAGUUCAUACUUGAACGUGAGAUUUGUGACGAGGCCCGAUCAGCCAGAUUAGCAAACAUCAUGGCUAUUCACAAAAAUAUGGUGCGAAAGCAGGUUACGUCACAAAAUAAAUAUCAUAAUCCAGAUCCAGCUAAAAACCCCGUAGAGCUAGCUGUUUUCAAUGUACCGAAAACAGUUACCGACGAUCAGGUGAAAAAGUUGUUCUCAUCGCUCGGGGACGAACCCACUGGCAUUCGUAGAGAAAUGAUGCCAUUCGAUGACACGGAGAAGGUUUUCGUUGGUUUCCGAACCAUAUCGUUAGUCUUACGGGCAGCCGAAUUGACAUCCCACACUAAAUUGGAUGGAAACAACUUAUUCUUCUUUGCUGCUUGGACAAGACCGGCUCUAAGCCAACAUAGCACCUUGCUUUUGGGAUUUAAGGACUUUAUUUCUGUGCAGUCCAUUUACGAUGGUUUGAAAAAACAUGGAGUCAUAAGAAACGUCACUAAAAGUGAUCACAAAAAUGCAAUAGUUGUGUUUGAAUCACACGAUUUGCCAUUGCUGCACGGAGGCUUAGACCAGCUGAAAACAAUCAGCGGCGUUGAGCUUAUAUCGAAGAAUUUCGUGAGGAACGAUACGCAAUUAGACAAGAAAAAUGUCAUUAAAAUUGGUGAUUGGUUGUUGGUGGAGCCAACGAAUUCUGCGAAAACGCUUUCCAGAGCGCAAAAGAAAAAACUGGCCCGGAAAGAAGCAUUACGUUUGAAAGAACAAACGGAGAAAAAGUCCUGUGAACCACCGAAGAAGCAAGCGCGAUUGCAGCUGGGUGAAAAUGAUCUCCAACUCCAGAAAAAUCGAGGUUUAGUUGCAAACCCAUCGGUUCCUCAGAUCAAUCCCGCGAUCGCUAGUACGAUUAUAAAUUCAGCUUUGCUUUUUCAUAAUCGCUACCCCGGAAGUUUGAAGUUAUCUAAUUUAUUCAGUGAUACACUCAUCAACACUUUGGCAUCUGUCGGUAAAACGCCAAAUAACCCACCAUCGUCUCCGAGCAACAAAAAUCAGCCUCCAUCUCAACAGAAGACAGUUUCUCCAGUUCAAAAAUCAAAGGAUAAAACAGAUAAAAGCUCAACAAUUAUAAGUGAGACUCAAGCUCAUUCUGAAACGAAUGAAACAGAAAAUCGGAAGCAAAGUUCAGCUGCAAACUGUUUCGAGCCUUUCGACCGUAGUGCAGUUAAUGCUCAGAAUCAAUUCAAUAAGUUUCAACAGCAAGCUCAGCCUUUAAAUCGAGCUCCAUACAGUUAUUGGAACCAAGGCCAACCUUCGAAUCGAGGGCCAAUUAAUUCUUGUGAUCAAAGUCCAAACAGAGAUGGGAACCGAUUCGGGCCACAGGGAGAAGGAGAGAAUAAUUCGUGGAACCUUAAUCAACCCUUCUAUCAAGGACCAGACAGUUAUCGCAACCAAGAUGUAGGUCCUAACAGAAAUUGGAAUCAAGGCGGGCCCCACUAUCGAGGUAUUGAUAAUUCUCGGAACUUUGACCGGCCUUUCUAUCAAAGUUCGAAUAGUAAUUGGAACCAAAAUGGGCCACCGAAUACGAAUAAUUCUUGGAGUUAUUGGAAUCAUGAUCAGUCGUCCAGCUCUUGGAGUCCAGGAAAUAACUUUGGUCAACAACAGCCGUUUGGAAACAUGAACGCGUUCCAACAACAAAACCGACCAUUCCAUCAAGGAAAUUUUCCUGCUCCUCAAGGAAAUCCUUAUGGCCGCACUCCUACAGAUUUACCACCAUGGCGUCGCCAAUCUUUCUGUCAAAACAAUUCAGAAAAUGAUAUGUCGGAAAAGGUCAAACUUCAGCUACGACUAAUGGGUUUGCCGGAAGAUUAGUUUGAAUGCGAUUCUGAAACCAUUCUGAAAGUUUGAUUUCACCUCUUUUUAUUUUUUUUUUUAAUUAUUACUAUGUUAAUAAUCGUCUGUGAGACGGACUGCAUCUGUACCGUUUUCAGUACAAAAAAAAUACCAGACGUAUCUGAGUACGAAUGUAAAAAUUAGAGUUAAUGCCCUUAAUAAAAAUUGAAGACUCGAAGUGCAUUAUCAACCUUUUUUUCCACGAAACAUCCUUCUACAGCGGUUUUUCGAUAAAAAAACUACUAUCAACAGUGUGUGAUAUUCACCACAGUUCUUAUCCUUUCGAGUUUGUCUGUCAGAUCUUCACGUGGGAAUAUCAGCCCUACAGAUCAUCGUCAUCAUAUCCUUUCCCUUCCUUCUUACUGUGCUAUUGAACACACGCUUAGCUGCUCCCUUUUCCCGUCGUUAAGUAUACUCUUCAUUUAAUCCUUUUAAACCCGAGCGAUCCGAAUGGAUAUCCGAAACAGUACACUGAUAGAUUAUCUACGAAUUGAGGAUUGACCCGAGAACAACAGCAGCAAAAGGUACGCAAGGGUACUCGAGGCCGACCAACAUCCAACUAUCAACAGAAUGGAGAAAAAUGAUCGACUGGAAUUCUCUUAAACCCUCUCUAAACUUCCUUCUUCCCCUCGUGACUAUUGGCCGAGAUAGUAAGGAACAAUACGCAGGGCUAACAAAAUCUGUCCUUCUAACGUUUCCCAAUGAAAUCUCAUUCUUAGAACCGGCGAAAGCACAUAGAAAUUCGAAGUAAAACGAAGCAUGGAAUAUGAGGUAAGUUCACAUAUGAACUUCUAGUGAGUUCGAACGUUGAUGUGAAUUUAAAAUUCUACAUAGUUAGAAAUUUGACAAUGAUUCAUAUUCAAGGGUGGAAAUCUCGAAAUGGAAACGCAACUCUCCCCCUUCUCAGACUUCUAUUUUUUUUUUAAACAAUAAAGGUAAGAUAAGACGUUGAACAACUGUUAAUCUACUCCGGU